AUGAAACCUUUUGAGGACACCACAAUUUCCUCAUUGAAGAGAUUUGAUGGAGCCAAGAUGGAAUCCGCCGUUGAUUCCUCGCUAGGUGAGAGAAGAGACUUUAGCUUUGAUUCUCGCGACAAUUGUUUGCAAAAGAACAACCCUUUUCCCGAAGAAUCAUCCCCAGAGUCCACUGAGGAGACUGCCCAGCUUGGGGAGACUGAACAGCACAGAAUCAAAUGA